AUGAGUCAAAAUAAAAAUGUUUGGAAUAAAAAAAGUAAAAGAAAUAAACUUGGAAAUGUGGUUGAAGAAGAGGAUAGUUGGAUACUUCCUCAAAAACAAAAAAAUAAUGGUUUUUGUUUUGAUGGAACACCAAGCAGAACACAAUGUAUUAGUCAACGUGAUUGCCCAAACUAUAAUAGACAAAUCUGCGAAAAUGGAAUUUGUUGUUCCCCAAAUAUUGAUCAAAAACAAUGUAAAUAAUAAAUUCUUUAAAAAAAUUUCUAAAAAUUUUUU